UAAAUUUUUAACAGAGUAUAGAUAUGAUUUUAUGUUACAUCAAAAUAUUACUCUGUAGUCAAAGUAAAUAGUAUUCACUGUAUAUAUUAAUAUGAUUGAUUGAAAUUGAAAAGAAAAAUUAUAUUGCAACAUAUGGCAUAAUUCAUAUGAUGAUUUAAUGACGUUGUAAUUUAACAAACAUCCGCACACAUUUAUAUGAACGUAUUUUUAGGUGUUAAGUAUUUACUUAUGUUGUCAUUAUUAUGAUGGUUGUGUAAGUGAUAUCAAAAUACGUCAGAAGAAAUUUAUUUAUUUCCACAAAUUUGAAAAUAUGAACGAUAUUUAAUCAUACGUAAUUCAGUUAAUGAAUAUAUCUUAUUAUUUUCAUUACAGUCUACUCUUCAAGUACUUAAGAUAGUAACCAAUGGUUGCAGUCGUGUUGAGUAAUCGUUUCCCGUUUUUGUAGUUACAUGUAUUCAAGUAUAAUCAUAACAUCGUAAGAACGUCAAGAGGAACUUUCAAGAGAUUUAACAAUGGAAAAAGAGUCCGAAAAAAUUGUGCAAUAUAAACCUGUUUAUGAUAAAAGGAUUGCUGCAAAUAUUCGAAAUGAAUUUUCAAGACUUCAAGAACAGUGUUAUUUGGAUCAUGCUGGUACUACACUUUAUUCUGAUUUACAAAUAAAAAGUGUAAGUGAUGAUUUAUGUAACUCUCUCUAUGGCAAUCCACAUUCCGUUGGUAUUGCUGGUGGUAAUACUCAUGAUAAUAUUGAACAAAUAAGACAUAGGAUAUUGAAUCAUUUUCAUACGUCAUCGGAGGAAUACAGUAUUAUAUUUACAUCUGGUGCAACACAAUCAUUAAAAGUGAUCGCUGAAACAUUUCAAUUCAGUAAUAAUAAAAAUAAUGAAGUUCAAUCAACAGGAGAUUUUGUUUAUACUCAAGAUAAUCAUACUUCAGUACUUGGAAUGCGAGAAGUUAUUUCUCAAAAAGGAAUUAAAGUAACUUGUCUUAAUCAUAAACAUGCAUUUGAAGUAUUAGAACAACCAGUGAAUUUUUCUUCCAACGACAAUGCAACAAGUGACAAUAAUUCGCUUUUUGUUUAUCCUGCCCAGUGCAAUUUUUCUGGUGCAAAAUAUCCACUCAAGUGGAUUCAAAAUGUACAUAAUAAUGUGCUUUCUAGUGUAACUGGUCAAUUAAAUACAAAGUGGUACGUUCUCCUAGAUGCAGCAGGAUUUGUACCAACGAAUGAUUUAAAUUUAUCUAUAUUUAAACCAGAUUUUGUAUGUAUAUCUUUUUACAAGAUGUUUGGAUAUCCAACCGGUAUUGGUGCUUUACUAGUGAAAAAUUCUAGUGCGCACGUUCUUGAAAAAAUCUAUUAUGGAGGAGGCACUGUUGAAGUUACUCUUAGUUCUGAAUUAUUUCAUGUAAAACGUUUAAACUUAUAUCAAAGGUUUGAAGAUGGAACUAUACCAUUUUUAUCUAUAAUAUCAUUGCAAUAUGGAUUAGAUAUACUUUCAAAAAUUACUAUGAAACAAAUAUCAAGUCAUGUAUUCACACUUGCAAGAUAUUUACAUCAUACUCUAUUAAAUUUGCGUCAUGAUAAUGGUACGCCUGUUGUCAAAAUUUAUUCAGAUAAUAACUACGAAGAUCCCAAUUUACAAGGAGGUAUUGUUACAUUUAAUGUACUCAGAUCAAAUGGUGAAUACGUUGGAUAUAUGGAAGUUGCACAUAUGGCUGCUCUUUUUAAAAUACAUCUUCGAAUUGGUUGUUUCUGUAAUCCUGGUGCAUGUCAAAGACAUCUGUCCCUUAAAAAUGAAGACAUUUUAAAAAAUUAUGACGCAGGCUAUGUGUGUGGUGGUAGUACAGAUUUAAUAAAUGGUAGACCAACUGGUGCUGUGCGAAUUUCAAUUGGAUAUAUGUCUAUGAUCGAAGAUAUUGAGACUUUAUUACAAAUGAUUACUAAAUGUUUUGUUAGCAAAUCAGAAAGAAACAUAUGUGUACCAGAAUUUCGUAAAUCGCAUCAUACUAAGGCUGAAAAUAAGAAAUAUGUUAUAAAUGAUAAAGAUAAUACAAAAGAGUUUGAGAAUAAUGCAUGGUACUCACCAUUUUUAUACGGUGCAAAAUAUUUUCUAAACAAUAACAAUUCAAAAAGUAAUAUUAUUAUCAAAAAAUUAUUUAUUUAUCCCAUAAAGUCAUGUGGCGCAUUUGAAGUAACUACUUCUUGGACUUUGAAUGAAAAAGGUUUAGAAUAUGACAGAGAGUGGAUGAUAAUGACAUCAAAUGGAGUUUGUUUGACACAAAAACAGCAAACUAAUCUUUGUUUAAUUAAACCAUUCAUAUGUAAAGAAACGAAAGUCAUAAAAUUAACAUACCCAGGAAUGCCAUCAAUAGAAGUACCUUUGGAGUAUUCUGACAAUUAUAUAAAUGGUGCGAUAUGUCAAAGUAGAGUUUGCGGACAAAAAGUUAAAGGUAUUGAUUGUGGAGGAGAUGUGUCCGAGUGGUUGAGUUUGGUUAUUGGUCGUCCAAAUUUAAAACUUGUUAAACAAGCUGAUCACGAAAUCCAAGACAAUCCAAAACAAAAAUUGAACAAUCCAAAAUUAUCUUUUACGAGCCAAGCUCAAUAUCUUUUAUUGAAUGAAGAAAGCAUAUUAUGGCUAUGCAAUAAAAUUGCUAAUACACAAGAUUUUAAUAAAAAUACAGUAGUCCAUAGAUUUAGAGGAAACAUCAUUUUAAGCGGUUGUAAAGCUUUCGAAGAACUUCAAUGGAAAGUAAUACGAAUAGGCAAUAUCAAAUUCCAGGUAAAUGGACCUUGCAAUCGAUGUCAAAUGAUAUGCAUUGAUCAAACAACAGGCGUUAAAACAGUAGAACCAUUACGUACAUUAGCAGAGGAAUUUCAUGGAAAAUUAAGAUUUGGCAUAUAUCUUACUAGACCGACAAUAAAAGAAGAAAUAUUAAAUGUUGGAGAUGUUGUAUAUUUUGAUUGAUCAUUUUAUAUGGUAAAAGUAUAU